UGUUUUUUUUUCCGUCUUGGCGCAAGUACCUGGAUGGAGGGGCAGAAAAAAAAGCUCUCCGGGGCACAAAACAGAAAACGGAAGAGGGAGAGAGAAAAAGAUGUAGGGAUGAAGAAAAGCUUCUCAAAGUGGUUGAAAGACAGCAGGCUAUUGCAUCUUCAUCAAGGUCUAGAUGAGUGCAAGACAGGAGAGGAUAGAGUGCAGUUUUUGGAGAAGCUGAUUCUGAAAAAGAGUGUUAGCUCCAGCUGUCCCUGCUGAAACACCACCUCUCAGGACCUGUCUAAAGCUGAGAGACAAGACAAAUGAGGAGGACGCGGACAACAGAAAAACAGAGGGAAGAACAAGAGGAACAACGGCAACAUGCAAGAAGAGGAAGUAGAGAGCACCUGCAGUUUCAUUACUGAACUGUGUCUGAUAUCAAGGGCUGCUGCCUUGCUACCUUCAUUUAGAAGGAACUGGAUUUGAAGGCAGCGGGAUUGGAAGACGUCCUGUAAGGCUGGAAGUUUGUUGCCGAUGAUGGCUUCUGCCUUCCUCACCACUCCUUCAAGGGCCUUGCGGUCGCAGGCGGUGCAGCUGCCGUACACUCUCAGAAAAAAAGUACUAUUCAGGUGGAGCCUGCAGCUCCAAGCUCAUCUGGAAGAAGGAUGUUGCAGAGAGUGCUGUCCACAGUCCGCUCCUUGGUUGAGCCGCCUCAGAUCCCGUUCCUCAGCUCGGUACAUUCAAGCUGAGGUAGAAGACGAGCAUGAGGAAGUUUCUCAACCACGUCAGCUGAUUCCACUCGGAGCGCUGGCAGGGGUCCUAACUGUAAACCUGAAGACCUGCAGAGACUUCAGUAAAUCUGCUCCUUUGAAGAAAGGCAGUCGGGCUGCUGGGAGGAUCACUAUUGGGAGAACGGUGAAGUACACCGUGCAGCAGCCCUACAGCGACCCCAUGUGCUUUGAUGAAUGGAAACACUUCUCGCUACAGAUCCAGAAGGAAGACAUUUGCGGUGUCCAGCAGUCGAGUUUGGUGGUGGUGGAACUGAUUAUGGUGGAUCCUGAUUUAACCACCCCCGUACUCAUUGGCAGAGACACCAUCAUGCUGCAGGAAAUCCUUAAGAAAUCUUCAUUGAGUCAUCAGUUUAAUUUGAGGCUCAUGCAGAAGAAAGUCUGCAAGCUGGACGCAGAUCUGGCGUUCUCAUACGGCUCAAUGCGAUAUGGAUAUUCUCAUCAGAUCAAACAUGCAGGAAGGACCAUUGAGAGUAUGGUAGAGAAAUCUCUCUUUCCCCGCUGCCCUCCUAAUGAAGACCGAGAUCCAUUAUGUAAUGUAAUCACCCCCUCUGCACGGACCCGACUGGACUUCAUUCCCUCUGUGAUGCUGUAACCCCGCUUUGCUGUAGCUCACUAUAAUUCCUCUUUACAGGACAAAAACCAUAAGAAUAAUGUGUAAAGCUGCUGUUGACAUUAGCCGUGUUGGAGGGCUGUAGCUCCAGGUUGGUAACAACAAAAGCAAGUUAACAUGCACAUCGAUCUCCAUUCAGAAUGCGGUUAUGAGAGGAAACACAGAAUCCUGCAGUAAUAGUUUGUGCUAAAAUUAUGUUUUAGGCCAAAACUUUAUAACAAAAUUAUCAAAAAGCAAUCUCUCAGGCAUGAAGUCAUGCAAUCAUAACCUUUUUGUGUAAUAACGGGAUGUAGGUUUCAGAGCCAGUAAACUCGUCGGACAUCUGGUUCCUAGUACUAUAAAGGUGCACUCUGUACAUUUCUUUGGAGAGGCACAUUUCAGACCGAAUCACUCCGAAUAAUUUUUGUCACUUCUAAACCUCUCAAUGACUAAGUCAUUUUGCAAAAUGGGCUGAGUUCCCCUUUCAGUUUCCUUCGAAUUUUGUUCUGUCGUAUCCUUGUUUAUCUGUAUUUUGUCUUAAAGUAUGGGUUAGUCGUUUAACAGUGUGAAUGUGUACGCAUGUGUGUGUGAGACAGAGAGUAUACACGUGUGUUUGUGUGUGUGUGUGUUUGUGUGGGGGUCAGUGAUUGAGCAGAAUUGUGAGUGUUUGAGUGAGUAUUCCACCAUGAUGGCUAAUUAUUGAAUGAAUGCAUAAGCAAGUGAGUGACGGAAUGAAUAAGUGAGCAAAUAAGCAAAUGUGUGAAUGACUGAUUGAGUCGGUAAGUCAGUGAGUUAAAAUCAUUUCUUGAUCAUUAUUUUCUCAGUUUAUUUAUGUAUUUAGAGUAAACCAGUUACAUGUAGAGUAUAUCUACAUGUAGUUUAUCAAAUCAAAUCAAAUCAAAUUUAUUUAUAUAGCGCUUUUUACAACUGAUGUUGUCACAAAGCAGCUUUACAAAAAUGGGAAUCACAGCACAGAGAAUCAGACAAAA